AUGGGUCAACCAAAGAACAUUCUACUCCUCAUCGCCGAUGAUCUCGGCAGAGAGCAGAUGGGCUGCUACGGCUGCAAGGCCAUCAAGACACCCCACUUGGACGCCCUUGCUGCGUCCGGGACCCAAUUCGACAUGGCCUUCACCAGCACGGCGUCGUGCAGCGGCAGCCGAACCGUCAUCUACACGGGCUUGCAUACCCAUGAGACCGGAAGCUACGGACUCAACCUCGAGCGCAAUGGCUUCCAGACAUUUGCAAAUAUCGAAACCGCUCCCGAGGCUUUCAACGAUAUCGGAUACAAGACUGGAAUCCUGGGCAAAAUCCACGUCAGCCCCGAUGAUAAGUAUCCGUGGCAGGUGCGGGAGGAGAGCGAUUCGAGAAAUGUGGCCUACAUAGCAGACCGGGCCUCGGCCUUUUUCCAAGCAUCGCACGACGAGAACAAGCCCUUCUUCCUCACCGUCGGCUUCGUCGACCCGCACCGGCACAUACCCCAUCGCGGAGGCUUCGGCAACGCCGACGGCAACCACGACCCCCGCCUCCAGGACCACAUAUACAAGCCCUCGGACGUCGAGGUCCCGCCCUACCUCAGCGACAUCCCCGAAGUCCGCCAGGAGCUCGCCGAGUACUACCGCGCCAUCACGCGCAUGGACCAGGGCGUGGGCCUCAUCCUCGCCGCCCUCGACGCCGCCGCCCACCGGGACAGCACCCUCGUCCUCUUCCUCUCCGACAACGGGCCCCCCUUCAUCAACUCCAAAACCACCCUCUUCGAACCCGGCAUCCGCCUCCCCUUCCUCCUGCGCGCCCCGGGCGUCGUCUCCAUCGCCCCCAGCGGCCCCCCCAACCAAAACCUCAUCUCCUACAUCGACAUCCUCCCCACCUUCCUCGACUGGGCGGGCCACGGCGGCGCCAACGCACCCCCAAACAAAACCCAACGCCGCGGCCGCUCCGUCCUGCCGCUCCUCAGCAGCCGCGCGGACGCGACGACGGCGACGGCGCCGGCGCCGGGCUGGGACUGCGUCUUCGGGUCGCACACGUUCCACGAGGUGACCAACUACUGGCCGACGCGCUUCAUGCGCUCGCCGCGGUGGAAGUACCACCGCAACGUGUGCUGGAAGCUCGACUUCCCCAUGGCCAUGGACCUGUACGCGUCGCGCUCGUUCGAGGGCAUGCGCAACGCGCGGCCGCCGCGGGUGGGGCCGCGGAGCUUUGCGAGUUAUUUUCGACGGCCGGCGGAGGAGCUGUACGAUUUGGAGGGGGAUCCGUUGGAGUUGAGGAAUUUGGCGGUGGAGGGGGAUGCGGGUGCGGAGGCGGGUGCGGUGCUGGUGGAGAUGAGGAGGAGGCUGGAGGAGUGGCAGUUGGAGACGAAGGAUCUGUGGCUGUGGAGGGAUGGGACGGCCGUGGUGCGGUAUACGGCUGAUCAUUACAACUAUGCGCGGGAGGGGCUGAGGAUUCCCGAUCGGUUCGAUUUUGACGUCGAGGAGCCGGGGACGGAGGGGGUGGAGGCUUAUGAUUUGAAGGAGUAG